GCGGGGGAGGGGAGCAUGUCUCCGCAAGGCAUGACUCGAAAUGCGCAGUCAGCGACGGAAAAGCUUUCGAGCAACAUCGCUCUCGCAUUUGGCCUUGACUUCGGGGGAAACACGACGAUGCGAACCUUCGUCAGCUUUUUAGUGGCACUCAGCCUGAUUGCACUUAUGCCACGGUGCCAGGGUCAAGGCGUGCAGGACCUCCUCCCUGCCUUAGUAGAAAGGAUCGUUGGGUUGUGGCACUCGGAUGAGGUGGAGUUCAUGGGGCACAGCUGCAGGUACAGCCAGCGCCCUUCCUUCUAUAGGUGGGAGCUGUACUUCAACGGCAGAAUGUGGUGUCCAGGGUGGGCCCCCUUCACUGGCCGAUCCCGGACCCGCAGCCCCUCCGGCGCCAUAGAGCACGCGACGAGAGACUUCGUGCAGAAGGCGCUGCAGCGAGGUCUCAUCUCGGAGGAAGACGCCAGGAUUUGGCUUGAGCACUGAACCCUUUGGGCGAAAUUCAUUCCCAUUUCUCUUGAGACGAGUAAGGCAGAAGGGAUAUUUGUAGCUUAUAGAUAAUAAAAUAAUAUUACAUUGC